AUGGACACACAACUCUUGAUGCUUAUUCGGGACCUGCAAAUGGCUAACAUGGCGACCAGAGCUACCACGACCGGUCGCGGUCGGGCCGCUACGGCCGGCGCCCAGGGCAUCCCAGCUGCGCCAGGCAUCGACUUCUCAACGAUGCUCGCCGCCGGUGGCAUGCCGGCCGCCAUGCUGCCGUCUCUGCAGCCGUCUCUGCAACCAAACCCCGCCGCCGUUCUUCCAAGCCUUGUUCCCGGUGCCACAGCUCCAAUCCUUGGUGCCGGUGCCACAGCUCCAAUCCUUGGUGCCGGUGCCACAGCUCCAAUCCUUGGUGCCGGUGCUGGAGGCGUUAACCCCGCCGUCGUUACUGCGCUGGCACGGCUUGGGUUGCAACGGCUUCAGCAACUGAUAAGCGAGGGACUACCCACGCAACCACCUGCAGCUGCUACGCACAACGAUGGCGAUGAUGGUAGCAAGGCGGAGGCCGCUGCGGCAGCCAAAGUGGGCGAUGGCGUCCCAGUGCCGGAACCUGAAGCGGCUGCCGAAGCAGCUGCACUACAGCUUGAGAACAUGAUGCCGACUCUGCUCUCGCUGCUGCCGCCCCUGGGCCAACCCCUUUCCCCGCCUCCAACGGACAGCGGCCUGGACAACGUUGCUGCGCCGCACUCCGCUCCGGGUGGCCGUCCUUUGGCGACAGGAAGCGACUCUGAGCGGCCGGAGCUGCCGAACCCUAGCCUUGGCGAUCUGGCGGCAGGUACAGCCAUCCGCAACCUGCAGGACCUUAACCUUGGAAACCGCGGUUCUGGAAGUGUCAACGUGAGUGCCAGCGGCGCUGUGCAGGGCCCGCCUGAGCCGCAGCCGCCUCCACAGGCUCGCGCUGAGGGACUUAGCGCAUCGGGAUCCAACGGCCACAUCCGCCCUGGCUCGGCGCCGCAGGACGAGAACCUCCAGCCAGCGGACAACAACAGCGGUGGUACCAGCGCAGGCGGAGCCACGCUGGGGGCGGAAGCCCCAGAACCCCGCGGGCAGACUUAG